AAUAUACAAAGAAAUUUUCAAGUAUUUGAAUUGAGAUUUUGGAUAAAGGUUUGCGGCUCUUUCAAUUCAAGCAUGGAGAAUUUUAUUCCGAUGUUGAUUACCAAGAGUGCCUACUAUAAUUUCUUGCGCGAAUUUUGGCUAGGAGAAUAUCACGAGGAUAUAUCGCCACGUCAAUUGCUGGACGGUGCCUCAGCGGCUUGGCGGAAAUUGAGAGACUCGGAGAGGAUUGUCUUUAAAGAGGGUCCCUAUAUAGGUGCUCGUCUCGCUUUUGAUCUCUUCGAUGACAGUUCGAAUCAUGAAUUGACGCAUAGGUCAUUAUCGGCUGUACGGGCUACAAAACCAGCUGUGGCCAGUGGUCGGGUUCAAAAGAAGAAGCCAAAAAAGAAUGUGGCCAAAGUUACAGCUGCCAGAUUGCGUGCAAUGAAGUCUCGAGUUCAAAAUGCCCGAACUCGUGGCAACAAGACAACAAAAUCCAAACGUCGCCCUAACUAGGAGACGUUCCAUGUCAAUGGUUGUGUCGGUGGUUAGCUUUUUUCUAUUUUAGCUUAGUUUUUUUAAUAAGGAUCGAUCUGCUUUUGUUUUAAAACCAUGCAAACUUACAUACACACGUUCAAUCCACUCUAAAUAAACUUCUCUGGGGGGAGCAACAGAAUUGCUGAAA